CUUAAUUCGAUAAGUUUGUAUAAAUAGGCCCCGGAAGACGUAAUUUACAUGCAUUUCAAAGACAUCUGUGAGAAUAAGAUAAGAGAAGAAAAAUUUGGGAAGACUAUUGUUUUACCGACGUAUCACCACGUUUACCACAGAUUUUUCAUCGAUUGGUUUCACGUGUACACGCUGGCACCUAGCUUAUUGGAAAAGAUAGAAAAGCAAACGCUGGAGGAUAUUAAAAGACAAAUUUCAAAUUGCUGUAUGAAAUUAUAUCAUCUGUGCAACUAUAUUUCAAGAGUAAUGCACGAUGACGCGAACGACGUUGUAGAAAUUUUAUUUAAUUUGAACGAGAAAGUACCUCAAUAUCUUCCCGAAAGUACCGUAUUGGAAUUUUUGUUAAACGCAAAGUCAAGCGUAUUGAAGACCGUCGAGAAUUAUUUACGUAUUUACAGAGACGUACCAUUCAUAGAAUUUUACGAUGGUAAUCGAAUUUACAUUAAUUUCCAUCUUUUAUUCUAGUUUUACAUUAUUCCACGCGAAGAAGCGCGAUUCGGACCAAAGGGUUUGACAGAUUCCGGCCUUGAAUAAAAACGAUUAUUUAUUAGAGAA